GUUUAUUUGUCAUUUGUUUUCCAGAUGUUAUGAUGUGUGUAUUUUGAAUCCAGCUGGGUUACACACCAAUCCGACUAACUUCUUACAGGUUCCAGCUGGUCCACUGCCUCAUUGGAAAGUCAUCCAGGGACAAUGAGUGAACUGGAGCAGUUACGUCAGGAAGCGGAGCAACUCCGCAAUCAGAUCCGGGAUGCCAGAAAUGCUUGUAGUGAUUCAACUCUCCUUCAGAUCACAGCUGGUCUGGACUCAACGAGAAGGAUACAGAUGAGGACAAGACGAACACUUAGGGGGCAUUUAGCCAAAAUUUAUGCCAUGAACUGGGCCACUGACUCCAGGUUACUUGUCAGUGCCUCUCAAGAUGGCAAAUUAAUCAUUUGGGACAGCUACACAACAAACAAGGUACACGCGAUUCCUCUGCGCUCAUCCUGGGUAAUGACGUGUGCCUACGCUCCCUCAGGAAACUAUGUGGCCUGUGGCGGCCUGGACAACAUCUGCUCCAUCUACAGCCUGAAGACUCGUGAAGGCAAUGUCAGGGUUACCAGAGAACUGCCAGGACAUACAGGAUAUUUGUCUUGCUGUCGUUUUCUCAGUGACAACCAAAUUGUCACCAGCUCUGGAGAUACCUCAUGUGCACUGUGGGAUAUCGAGACUGGCCAGCAGGCCACCACCUUUACUGGCCACACUGGUGACGUGAUGAGUCUGUCCCUCAGCCCUGACUCCAGGACUUUUGUAUCGGGUGCCUGUGAUGCCUCCUCCAAACUGUGGGAUAUUCGAGAUGGCUUGUGCAGACAGACCUUUACAGGACACGUUUCAGACAUUAAUGCGGUCUGUUUUUUCCCCAAUGGUAACGCCUUUGCUACGGGCUCGGACGAUGCCACCUGCAGGCUGUUUGACCUGCGUGCGGAUCAGGAGCUGGUGACCUAUGCUCAUGACAACAUCAUCUGCGGCAUCACCUCUGUGGCCUUCUCCAAGAGCGGCCGGCUGCUUUUCGCUGGCUACGACGACUUUAACUGCAACAUCUGGGAUACGUUAAAGGGUGAUCGUAUAGGUGUCCUUGCUGGCCAUGACAACAGGGUCAGCUGUUUAGGGGUGACCGACGAUGGCAUGGCUGUGGCCACAGGCUCUUGGGAUAGCUUCCUUCGGAUCUGGAACUGAACACUUUUACAGAGAAACUUAUUGAAGGAUUAAGUAUCUGCAACACCACUACAGGCCUCUACUGUAAUAAAAACAUUACUGCUUUUAUAUUUGAAGACUAUGAUACAUUCCAGAGGAGGAGA